AUGAAGAGAGUACGAGAGAACGCCAACCCCACGCAAGGCGGCCAAGGACAACAAGGAGGGGAGGAGCCCACCGGCGAGCCACAGAAGAAGCUCAAGCGAGCGGAGAUGUUCGGCGGCGCGCGUGUGGUCGGGUGGGGCACAUGGGAUGAGUGGCGCACCGUGCGGGCGUGGCUAGGCUCCUCCGUCCCCGAAGAGCAGCAACGCGGCUUCCGCCGCAUUCGCGCCUGGCGCGCCCGCGCACCGCUUCCGCUGGCCAUCGAAGCCACCGCAGCCCUCCUCGAGACACACGCCAUGGACACGUUUCCGCCCACGCGGACGACGAACGAGCUGCGGCUGCUGUACUCGAUGGCCAUCGUGCGCAUGGUGAACGGUCUUGUCGAGGUGGAACAGAAAGGCACCUUCGCCCGAUCUGUGUGGGGUAUUGCCGAGCGCCUUGGCCUUCCGCGCGUGCUGGUCGAUCUGCGCCACACGGCCACGCACAGCGUGCUUCCGUCACUGCCGUCUCUCCGCAUUGCUGCCGCGCAGGCAUUGGAGUGGCUGGAUGGUAACUACUGGCAGGAGCAGGAGGAUUCGCUCACUGAAAUGACCGACCGCAUGAGGAGCCACCUCACGCGCUACGUCGAACUGAAGGGCAACAGAACGGUCGAAGUCCCGCACGCUCCCGGAAGCCAGGCCAUCCAUUGCGUGACGGAUAUGCUCGAGAGCACCAACUCGAACAAGGCUCGCGAGCUGCUGGUGCCCAUGCUCGUGAGCGAGUUUCUGGCGCCUCGGCCCAUGAUCACGGAGAUCAUGAGCCUGCACAAGAGGCAGCGCUCUUCAAAGCUAAGUGCAGAGUUCACGCGGCUGAGCAACCGCUGGAAUCUGUUGCUGGAGGGCUGUGUACAGAAGUGGGGCCACUUCCUCGGGACUCUUCUGGCCACCAUCACGAACAGGAUUGUGCAGCUCUCCGAAUCCCCCGAACUUACGCGCAAGGCGGAAACGGAGAUCUGGCUGUGGCUGAAGUGGGUCGAGCAUCUGCUCUACGCGAGCUCCUUCCAAAACCUGGUCUACGAAUAUGAGAUCGAAGUGCCGGUGGUGGCGCUCAUGCAGGCCGCCGCGCGACACGUCUCCCAGUGGACGAACAAGCUCAACGGCCUCUUUCUCUCGUGGGUGGCCGAUCCAAAAAUGAGAGAAAAGAUGACCCAACUUAUGGAUCUCACCCGCCCUCGGGGCAGUACCGCCGAGCAACCGGGUGCCCUGAGCCUGGAGGUGUUCGAGAGCCUUCUCGAGCUCAUCAAGCAGCGCGGCGUCACGGCUAUCACGCCGGUGCAGCCUGCUGGCACUACGGCCCACGGACCCUGGGCCAGGUGUGAAGGGUGGACGCCCUGUUCCGUGGGGCUGAGCGUAACCAACGAGUUCCCCGAUCUGCAGCUUCCACCGGCGCUGGACGUGAACGGAGCCAUAACGCUCGUGCCCGCCGAGAGGCCCGUGAUGCCGCUUGUGGUGCUGCCCUACUCCGCGGCUGCCGCAGCGCAGAGGCGCAUGACUGCCAACAGAGAGGAGGAUGACGACGAGUUCAAGGAGGCAGCCACGUCUACCACCACCACGGAAUGGGGUGGCUACGCGCAGGAGCACGAACCACAGGAAGAGGCAGAGGUGCAGGCAGACCCACAAGUGCGUUCAGGCCCUGUCACGGCAGCUGCCCUUCUCUUCUCGCCCAAGGAGCUGACCAGCUUGUGA